GUGGAUUCAGAGUUUCCAGGUAAGCAGAAGGUGUGGCAGAAAGAAACGAUCCUCUUCAGAGACAAAGAAGAUCUACAUUCAUCAUGGCUUCUUUAUGGGAUGAUUUGGAAAGUCUUGUGGCUUCCCCAUCAUCUUCUGCUGCUGAAAACGGCCAGAGAGGAACCAUCAAGCCUAAAGCAAACUUUGAUGCAGAAAAAGACGCUGCAGCUCUGAAGGACGCCAUUGAAGGACUCGGGACAAAUGAGAAAGUCCUGAUUGAAAUCCUGACACAAAGAAGCAACGAUCAGAGGCAGCUCAUCUGCAAAGCGUAUGAAAAAGCCACCGGCAGAACGCUGGAGAAAGACCUGAAAGGCGACACGGGCGGAGACUUUGAGGAGCUGCUGCUGGCGCUCAUCACUCCCCCUGCAGCGUACGACUGCCACGAAGUCACCCGAGCCAUGAAAGGAGCUGGUACAAAAGACCGCGUCCUGAUUGAAAUCUUUGCCUCCAGGUCCAAGCAGCAAAUCAAAGCUCUCAAAGACGUUUACCUAAAAGAAAUGAAGAAGGACCUGGUUGUUGAGUUGGAGAGUGAAGUUUCUGGAGAUUUUUCCAAAGCGCUUCUUUCCCUGGCAAAGGGUGAGAGGGACGGGAGCGACUCUGUAGAUGUCGGAAAAGCAAAGGAAGACGCCGAGACACUUUACAAAGCCGGGGAGAAGAAGUGGGGCACAGAUGAGUCCAAGUUUAUUGAGAUCCUCUGCAAAAGAAGCAUAGCUCAGCUCAGGCAGAUUUUAAUCGAAUACAAGAACAUCAGCGGGAAAACGCUGCAGCAGAGCAUCGAAGGAGAAAUGUCUGGAAAACUGGAGGAGCUGCUGGUGGCCGUUGUGAAAUGUGCAAAGAGUUUACCGGCGUAUUUUGCAGAACUGCUGCAUGAGAGCAUGAAGGGCGGUGGCACCGAUGAGUCCACUCUGACCCGGAUCAUGGUGAGCCGGUCUGAGAUCGACCUGCUGGACAUCAGAGCAGAGUUCAAGAAACUCUACCAACACUCUCUGCUGUCCGACAUCGAGUCCGACGUGUCGGGCGAAUACGGCGACUGCCUGAAGGCGAUCUGUGGAGGAGACGACUGACGUCAUCCGUCUGAAGA